GAACGUUGCAGAUUAUAGCAUAAUAAUUAAGAACGUUUCACGUGUCGUCUCGAAGAACGUCAUCGAAUUAGAAGUGGAAUUAACUAAGUGCUAUUUUCUUCGGUAUCCGUUUUCAGUUGUGACAUAAAAAUUGCAGAAAUAAAUCAAGAGCUUAUAUGCUAUACAAGCAAGCUAACGUUAAACUGACAUAAAUUCUCUGGCAACGGAACUUCAUUAGGAUAAACACUCCACAGAGUGGGCCAUCACAAGCGACUGUAAUGAGCGUUUUCUGGCCUGCCAAAGUAUUUCAUUACAUAAAGCAGAAUGGUGUAUGUGGCUGACAGCAUUGUCCCAGCAAGAUUUCUCACACUUAUUGGUCAUUUGACAAUUACACUUUUAAUUUUCUGGGCCAAGGAUGAAAGCAUUAAAGUAUGUCUGCCCCCCGACCAUACACCAGAAGAUUAUGAAUACAAAAAUAAAGAGUUGACUGUAGGUCUCAGUAUUGCCCUAGGUUUGAUAGGGUUUGAGUUCCUUGGCUUUCUGUUUGGAAUAACCAUGUUCAUGCCAAUGGUGGCUAUGAUUUCUAUUUCCUGUCAUGCCAGUGCUUGUGUGCUGCUGGCCUAUUUCAUAUUUGACGAAUGGGACUGCAGAAACUACUGGUGGGUAUUUGGAACAUGCAGUGCAGUUCCUGCACUUACUGAAACCACUGUGAUAUUUACCAUGCUAGCUUUCAGGAAACUGUGAGCUCUUGCAACAGACGCAUGAAACAAUUUGAAUGGUUC